AUGCCGACCCUUGAGCAAGUCGAGUAUUCGGAGGAGGCCACCGUCGCCGCCGUGACCGACUUCUAUGCCUUCCUGACCAAGAUGUACCUUCCCGAGUCAGCUGUCGUUCACCCGCCGUCAGGAGGGUGGCCGACGUUGGCCUCUGAUCUACAGGAGCUGGGAAAGUCAGACGAGGUGCUGAGCCUGCUUUCGCACCUCCCGUACAUCCGCCAAGAUGAUCUAGACGACAGCGAGAUACCGCAGGUCACUCCUGGGGGCCGUUGGAUAGACUGGCGCACGUACGGAACCUGGGUACGCGAGGGUGGCAGCGACAUUGACGAGCUUCGCACCAUCACCGAGGGCCCCGCCAUCAUGGACAACGUGCCCGAGCACGUUGUUGGUCUGACAAUGAGCGAGCACCAUGUCUUUUUGAUUGACACGGAGCUCGGCGUAGUCUACUGGCCCGAGUGCCCCGGCCGGCUCCGCGACGGGCCCCGGUGCAUCGAGGACGACCCGUAUGACUACUGCGACGACGAAGACGAUGCCGAGUGGCGUGCCGAUGGCGCCGCUUGGUCUGUCGCCGACUUCUUCAAGGUGCUCAAGGCCGAGUACCGCUUGCUGCGCUGGGUGCCGUGGAACGAGUACGAGGUUUUGGAUUCGGAGAGCACGAUGGCGAGGAAUCCUAUUCCGGCGCUUCAGGAAGUUUUCAGACGUCACGGCUGGCCUAAUUUGCCACAGUAUCGCAAGGAGGAGUGCCUCGAGGAGACGAAGGCGGUCAAGGCUGCAAUGGAACAGGGAGUUGGUGAGGAGGGGGACAGCGCUUAG